AUGACGCAAGAAUUUGCUGAUAAUACUAAUCCGUCUCUUUUCUAUCCACCUUUAAAUAACUCUGAUAAUAGUAUUUUGGAUAAGUUCAAAAGACAGAAUCCCAAUGAAAAUGAAACGUCAUAUAGCCUAGAACCCGAAGAUUUGGCACAACAGGAAAAUACAUUAUUUCAAAGGCUACCAUCAGCAGAUGUAUCUUCAUAUCAUGGACCAAAAUCACAUUCAGCUCACACUCUUGUGAACGAUAAGGAAAUAAUAAAUCAAGAACAAAAUUAUUUUGAGAUAAUGAACCCCUCGACGUCCGUUUCCAAAUCAAAUGCUGGUGGAAGUGUCUCUGAAAGCCCGUUGCAAGUCCAUGAACAUAGCAUUGAAAGUAUGCAUGACUAUUCGCCUAUGUUUGCUAACAAUAUCCCUAUAACUAACAAUACUGCCGAUUUUGAACUCAAUUCGUUCAUGGAAGAGAUUUCCAAAUCUCAAUCGACAGAGUCAAAUAAUCUAGAAUAUGGGAGCAGUUUUAGAAAGAGUGCAUCCUCCAUUUCAUCUAAUAAAGAUUUUAAGAGACCCAGUUUUGAACACAUUUCUCCCCUAGUAUCGCCGGCUCUGCUUGCCAGGAAACCUGCAAAGAGUCAGGAUAUGGAAAUAUAUCUACCAGUUUCAUCAACGACCAUGAAGAUGAACUCUUCUAGCUUUAUGAAUAUAUCGCAAGGGUCGGAGCUUAAUGCUAAUAAUACCAAUCGUAGCCAUCAUCAUAGGCCGUCGCAAAAUUUGGAAACUAAAGUCGUUCUGCCCUCUUCUGAUUUUGAAUCCAUUUUUAAAUCUGUUUCGAAAGAUAAGAGAAUAAUUAGGGCAACUAAAUCACCAGUAAUCAAGCCACGAAAUACGAGAAGAAGAUCCUCAUUUAAUAAUGAUAUAAUAAAGGAGAAUCCAAGGGAAAUGGAACUACCAGCAAAGAAAUCAUCAUCCGCCGUGGAGAAGAAGGAUGUAUCUAAAACUAAGAAACAAUUAUCACAUAGAGAAUCAGAACAAGAACGAAGAAAUCGUCUCAAUAAUGCUAUUUCCUCAUUGGAGAGCCUUCUACCAAAGGAUUUAAAGGAUUCCGUGGCUAUUCCUUCGAAAGCUGGUACAGUGGAACUGGCUGUGAAAUAUAUUAAACAAUUACAUGAACGAUUAGGAAUCUAA